AUGAAGCUCAACAUUGGGCUCAGUGCAGCCUUUGCAGGCAUUGCUGCUGCAUCUCAACAACCCGCCGCUGACGGUACCAAAGUUUAUAUCCUCCGAGGAUCCCAUCACAUCGAGCCUACGACGAGUAUUACCCCCAGCGAAGCCCGUCUCAUCCUCUACCAGCGCCUCGCCCCCGAAGGACAGGACUUUUCAUUUCGCGAUCUCACAGACUCGGACGAUGAAAGGCGUGUCAUUUCUUUAAUGAACAAGUAUGGAAAGGCCCCUGCGCCAUUGCUUUCCGAUGAGAAGACCGCGACGCCGCGCCAGCUCGCUAUUACCAUUGACGGAAUGCCCACCUUCGAAUACGAAUCAUUCUUUGGCUGGCUCUUUAACACACAGCCCGACUUUACCACGGAUAUUAGCAAGGAAAAUGGCGAGCACCCCGAGGUCUUUGCAAAUGUUCUCGCCAAGAUGCCCCAGUGUCCCCUGAGCCAGAUUGUUGCCUUGGACGAGAAGUGUUUCAACGGUCAAUCUGCUUAUGCGUCAUACAGCAGGUCCCAGGAUGGUGACCACCCCACUACCCUGCUAAACGAGCUUCCCAAGCUUCAGAAGCUCGCCGAGUCGGGCGAACUACAGACCAUCCUGGUCUUCCUUCCCCUCAACGUCGACUCUGAGGACAAGUCCGACAAGGAUCAAGAGCUUCGACGUCGACAGGCUGAGACCGUUAUCUCGUCUAUUGAAGAGACAGCCGAGUCACCGGCCGAAACCUCUACCACACCCGCGAAGCCUUCGAACCCCAUCAAAGCUGUAUGCUUCACCUCGGAGGAUAGCUGCAUGGAAGCCACUGGCAACUGCACAGGCCAUGGAAAAUGCCUGAACAAAUACGGCCAGAGCAAGGACGCUUGCUUCGCCUGCCACUGCCAAGUCACAAAGUCUGAGAGCGGCAGUGUCACUCACUGGGGUGGUAACAUGUGCCAGAAGCAGGACAUCAGUGUCCAGUUCUGGCUCUUUGCUGGCUUCACUCUCGCCCUCCUUACCAUCCUGUACAUGGCCAUUGGCAUGCUCUUCAGUGUUGGCGAGGAGAAGCUUCCUGGAGUCAUCGGCGCUGGUGUGUCGAGGUCCAAAACCGGGUUUUUCUGCUUUUUGUCAAAAGUCCGCCGGACUUGUCAUCAUACACCGCCUUCCAUUCCUCUCCUGCAAGCUCUUUAUGCACGGCAGAUCACCGUCAUGAUAUCCAAUACAGACAGGCCCAAGCCCGCAACCGCUAAAUGGGGUGCUGCUUGCGCUCAGUGUUCUACAGCGAAAGCUAAGUGUAUUCGAUCAAAUAAUACGCCUGGAUCAAAGUGCGAUAGAUGUGAACGACUAGUCAAGAAUUGUACGGAGCAGGUUCAUAGACCCCGGAAAAAGAGAACUGUCAAACCAUCCGGAGUGGCCCCCCCUCCUCCCGCCUCAGAUGAAGAGCUUUUGAAACUCUAUCGAAAGGAGUUACAAGCUCUUCACCCGUUUGUCAUCAUCCCCGAUGGCGUCACAGCAGCAAAGCUCAAGGCAACACGGCCUUUCCUCAUGUCAUCUAUCCGCAUGGUCACAUCGUAUCGCAGUCUAAGGUCGAUGAGGGCUCAGAUGUAUCAUCUGAUGAAGUACAUAGCAGACCACAUGCUCAUCCGCUCUGAGCGAUCUCUGGACUUACUACUUGGAAUUAUUGUCAUAAUUGCGUGGUAUAAGUAUCACUGCUUCAUGCACGCACAGUUAAACAACCUGAUCGCCUUGGCCUCUACUCUCGUGGGUGAGUUGGGUUUGCACCGCAGCCCAACUGUUCUUGAGCGGACCAGCUUGAUGGUUGUGACACCGUUCCAGCCGGCAGCGAGAACCAACGAGGAGAGGAGAGCCUUAUUGGGAGUAUGGUACUUAUCUUCAUCGAUGUCUCUCGGGUUCCUACGGAUAGAACCCAUGCGGUACACUAAGUAUAUUCAACAAUGUCUAGCUGUUCUUGAGCAGGAGAGGGAGUACGACACGGACAUGCGCCUUGUGACGCUUGUUCGGAUUCAACACUUGACGGAGAGGAUCGCGCAACUUAAUGCUCCUGAUGAUCCAGCGGAAGAAGUUGUUGGUCUCCCAGCGGCACCAUUAUCAGCUUACGUUUCUGCGUUCCACAGUGAACUGGACAGAAUAAGGAAUGGGUUACAUCCUGAGCUUACAAACGACACUCUCGACAUCUUUUACCAGUCAAGAAACGCCUUAAAGAAGUUCUUCGAUGAUUGGCUUAUGGUCCCAAUUCCAGAGUUCUACAACCAGACAACACCGGUAGUUGCACAACUUGUCUACGGGAUGACAAUGCUUGGUCGCUGGGCCAAGUAUACAGCACCGAUUCCUUUGACAAAGGCUACUACACCAAUGCCACAGGACACAAGCGCACGAGACCCCCAUGAUGAGAUUUAUAAAGCAGACUCUGCAUACUCGGCGAGUGUUAGCCCUUCCGUUGCAACACCGUCGGUAACGACGGGAAGAGAUUCCCAAGAAACCAGUCCAAUUUCAUUGCGGGAGGGUACAGACCCGAAGCUACCAGCUGCAGUGGCAGCUCUUCGGUCACAGAUUCAGACCCAGCCGGGACUGUCGUUAGAUGUCACAGGGAUAUUAUCAGCGAUAUGUGCACGGUUCGAAGAAGCUAACGCAUCGUUCCAGAUGGCUUCAACAGAGCCUGGUUCUUCGGAUCACAACCUCUGGAGUAUGAGCGCAAUCAAGGUCAAAAUCACAAGGGCAAAGCUUGAGAGAUGGGCAGAGAUCGUAGCAGCGGGUACAGAAGCCCUCAGGAUACACGAGGAGGUCCGAGACACAGCCAUGGCAGAUAGUAGCACUAGCGAGACCGGAGCUGGUGGCACAGGAAUGGCCAUGGGCCAGGAUAUGCAGCCUGAUGUGUUCACAAUGCCGGAUUGGAACCCUGAAAUGCCGUGGGCUUCGGAGAUGCUCCAGGGGGUCGAUCCCUCGAUAUGGUUCGACGGUUAUUUGGAUUGGGGCGCUGUCGUCAUGAACUCCCUGGGGAACCUGGAACAUCAGAACCAGUCGUGA